GGGGCGGUGGCGGCGGUGGGGGAAGGAGCUCGGAGCGAAAACAAAGAUGGCGGCCGCUCCGGGGUCGGUGGCCGCGGCAGCUGCGGGGGGACGUGCGGGCCGGACCCACUGAAGCGGCGGCGCAGGGAGCGGGGCUGCGGGGUCGCGGCGGCAGCGAGAGGGCGGCGGCGGCGCGCGGCGCCACUAACCUCCAGCCUCGGGAGCGCGCCCUCACCAGCCCGCCGGGCCGGCCGGCAGCGAUGUCCGGCACCGAGGAGGCCGGCGGAGGCGGUCCGGCUACGGGUUCCGCCGGCGCCGGGCCUGUCGGGGUCGGGCCCGGGGCGGCCGCAGGGCCGGCGGCUGCGGCAGCGCUGGGUGAGGCGGCAGGGCCCGGGCUCCCGGAGGAAGCUGGCCUGGCCGGCGCCCGGCAGCUGCAGGAGGCGGCGGGCGACCCCGACGCGCCGCCCAAGAAGCGGCUGCGGGCGGCCGAGGCAGCCGAGGCGGCGGCGGGCAGCGGGAAGCUGGAGGAGCGGCUCUACUCGGUUCUGUGCUGCACCGUCUGCCUGGACCUGCCCAAGGCCUCCGUGUACCAGUGUACUAACGGUCACUUGAUGUGCGCUGGCUGUUUUAUCCACCUACUAGCAGAUGCCCGGCUGAAGGAGGAGCAGGCCACGUGCCCCAACUGUCGUUGUGAGAUCAGUAAGAGCCUCUGCUGCCGCAACCUGGCUGUGGAGAAAGCCGUGAGCGAGCUGCCCUCCGAGUGUGGCUUCUGCCUGCGCCAGUUUCCCCGCUCGCUCCUGGAGAGGCACCAGAAGGAGGAGUGCCAGGACAGGGUGACCCAGUGCAAGUACAAGCGAAUUGGCUGCCCGUGGCACGGCCCCUUCCAUGAGCUGACUGUGCACGAGGCUGCCUGUGCCCACCCCACCAAGACGGGCAAUGAGCUGAUGGAGAUCCUGGACGAGAUGGACCAGAGCCACCGCAAGGAGAUGCAGCUCUACAACAGCAUCUUUAGCCUGCUGAGCUUCGAGAAGAUCGGCUACACAGAGGUCCAGUUCCGGCCGUACCGCACGGACGACUUCAUCACGCGCCUGUACUACGAGACACCGCGGUUCACGGUGCUGAACCAGACGUGGGUCCUGAAGGCGCGAGUGAACGACUCAGAGCGCAACCCCAACCUGUCGUGCAAGCGCACGCUGUCCUUCCAGCUGCUCCUCAAGAGCAAGGUCACGGCACCCCUGGAGUGCUCCUUCCUGCUGCUCAAGGGCCCCUAUGACGACGUGAAGAUCAGCCCUGUCAUCUACCACUUUGUCUUCACCAAUGAAAGCAACGAGACGGACUACGUGCCACUGCCCAUCGUGGACUCCGUGGAGUGCAACAAGCUGCUGGCCGCCAAAAACAUCAACCUGCGGCUCUUCCUCUUCCAGAUCCAGAAGUAGGCGCCGCUGCGCUGCCCACACCUGCCUGGCCGCGGCUUUGCAGUGCUGUCUGACCAUUUCGGCAGAGGAGGAACAGACGGGAACACGGGAAAGUCUGCAUGCGUGUGCGAAGGUGUGAGCGCUCACCACCUGGCCCUCUACCUGCCUCCCUGUCCAGGGCAUGGAGGCUGGUUCAGGGACACCGCAAGGCGAGCUCAGCAGACUUGCCGGCCUCUGCCACUCGGCGAAGCGCCCUACCUGCCCUGGGCCGCACACAGCUCCUGGGCCGGGCUCGGGCGCUGGCUUCAGACAGCAUAUCUGAUUGCAAUUAAAAAGGCACCUUGUUUCCUA